UAGGUUACUCACACGCCCAACGUAACUGCAAUAUGACAAUGCGUUAUAUCUGUCUGUCUACCGUUUCAUGCAGUACGUACGACUGGACGUUCUGCUGUCAAAAUAUUUUAUCCGCCGAUUCGUCGAUUUUUAUGUUUAUUUAAUAUUUUAACUUUUUAGUUUUUAAUCAUUGUUGGUGAUCAUAGUGAUAAUGUCGACAAAUAUACAUUUUAAAUUGGUAUAUGUUUUAAGUAUUUUCAUUUUAAGCGAGUUGAAUUUAACUUUUGCGAAACCGGUUGAUCAAGAUGGUAACAAUGAUUCAUCGACUUCACUAUAUUCACAAACAACUAAGGAAGCCACUGUUCAAGUUCUGACUUCGUCGUCUGCGCCUACGGAAAGUCUAAGCACUGUUGAAAUUCCGUCUUCGCCAUCUACGUCUACCGAAAAUCCAAGUACAUCUUCAAGCAUUGUUGAAGUUCCGUCUUCGUCAUCCGCGUCUACGGAAAGUCCAAGUACUUCUUCAGGCACUAUUGAAGUUCCGUCUACGGAAAGUCCAAGCACAUCUUCAAGCACUGUUGAAGUUCCGUCCUCGUCAUCUGCGUCUACAGAAAAUCCAAGUACAUCUUCAAGCAUUGUUGAAGUUCCAAUUUUAUCGUAUGCGCCAAUAGAAAAUCCAAGCACAUCCAGAAGCUCUGUUGAAGUUCCAAUUUUAUUGUAUGCGCCAAUACAAAAUCCAAGCACAUCCAGAAGCUCUGUUGAAGUUCCGUCUUCGUCAUCUGCGUCUUCGGAAAAUCCAAGUACAUCUUCAAGCACUGUUGAAGUUCCGUCUUCGUCAUCCACGUCUACGGAAAGUCCAAGUACAUCUUCAAGCACUGUUGAAGUUCCAUCUUCGUCAUCCGCCUCUACGGAAAGUCCAAGUACAGCUUCAAGCAAUGUUGAAGUUCCGUCUUCGUCAUCCACGUCUACGGAAAGUCCAAGUACAUCUUCAAGCACUGUUGAAGUUCCAUCUUCGUCAUCCGCCUCUACGGAAAGUCCAAGUACAGCUUCAAGCACUGUUGAAGUUCCGUCUUCAUCAUCUGCGUCUACAGAAAGUCCAAGUACAUCUUCAAGCACUGUUGAAGUUCCGUCUUCGUCAUCCACGUCUACGGAAAGUCCAAGUACAUCUUCAAGCACUGUUGAAGUUCCAUCUUCGUCAUCCGCCUCUACGGAAAGUCCAAGUACAGCUUCAAGCACUGUUGAAGUUCCGUCUUCAUCAUCUGCGUCUACAGAAAGUCCAAGUACAUCUUCAAGCACUGUUGAAGUUCCGUCUUCGUCAUCCACGUCUACGGAAAGUCCAAGUACAUCUUCAAGCACUGUUGAAGUUCCAUCUUCGUCAUCCGCCUCUACGGAAAGUCCAAGUACAGCUUCAAGCACUGUUGAAGUUCCGUCUUCGUCAUCUGCGUCUUCGGAAAAUCCAAGUACAUCUUCAAGCACUGUUGAAGUUCCAUCUUCGUCAUCCGCCUCUACGGAAAGUCCAAGUAAAUCUUCAAGCACUGUUGAAGUUCCGUCUUCGUCAUCCGCGUCUACGGAAAGUCCAAGUACAGCUUCAAGCACUGUUGAAGUUCCGUCUUCGUCAUCCACGUCUACGGAAAGUCCAAGUACAGCUUCAAGCACUGUUGAAGUUCCAACUUCAUCAUAUUCGCCAAUAGAAAAUCCAAGCACAUCCACAAGCACUGUUGAAGUUCCGUCUUCGUCAUCCGCGUCUACGGAAAGUCCAAGUACAUCUUCAAGCACUGUUGAAGUUCCAACUUCAUCGUAUGCUUCAACAGAAAAUCCAAGGACAUUUUCAAGCGUUAGAGUAGACUCGUCUUCACCGUCUACUAGAUCACCAAUUAAUUCACCUAAUCGUAUAAGGUUUAUUUCAGUGCCGUCAACAACUACAGAAAUACCAAAAAUUCCGUCUGAAGUAUCUAUGUGUCUUCAGAUAGCACCCUUUUUAUUUCGCUGUGAGACUGCAAAUGCAAUAUAUAUAAUAAAGUCAAUGUACAAUAUAUUUCAUUAAAUAUUCUAGAAUGCUACUAAUUGCUACAGUCUUAUAAAAUAGUAUUGUUACCCUCGUAUAUUUUAAAUUAAUGUUAAUGACUAUCAUAAAUAUAUGCUUUAUAUUACUAUAAGAA